CGGCGCAAAGGACUGUGUCAUCUCACCCCUCCUACUCUGUAUGCUUUGCGUAACAGUUUUUCUCGGAAUGUUUUUUGAUGGCUUGUUUCAUUUCAUCCGUUUCAGAUAAGAAACAAUUUCGGCCACAUUGUGACGAUGAAAACAUCCUAAAAAACCCGCUUCGGUUUCGAUCCGCGUUGUCUUCUACUUUUUAGAAGAGACUGUGAACAUGGCACUGGAAGAUCCGAAUGCAACUUGGUGGUACUGUGCAACUCGAGCUGUACACUGGAUUUUGGCCCGCAUGGGCCUUUUUCAAACUGUCCUGUUGUUUAUGUGGUUAUCCGAAAGAGCUCAGCUGAACCGAACCCCUCCGAUUGAACCCUGGAUCAUCUUUGUCCAUAUGAUUGGAUCCACCGGUUUGUCGGCACGCUUUCUUGCACGGGCUUCACUCUAUGCACUAACUGCAAUUCAACUGCACCUCGGUUACUUAUACGCAUUCCAAUCAUCAUUGGCCUAUCCUAGGUGGCUUCGAGCUCGGGUCGCUCUGAGAAGCCUAGCCUCGGCUGCCGUUUACUUACGCAUUCUUGGCAUAAAACAAUCAAACCCAUCUGUGUCGUCCGAGUUUGUCCACAAGCGCACCACUUCACAGUAUACUUUUGGUUUGAGUCUGCUAUCCGUGUUUACGGCUCUGACAGGUCUUCUGUGUCUUCCCACCAACCUAAUACACAUCGAUCGCGAAACCCAAUUGAUAGAGCAUUCCUCAACGUGGCCUCUUUUUGUAUGCCUUGAACCGUUUGUUAGUUUUUCUUUAUGCCUUGGCUUUUGUGUAGCCAGUGUACUCUAUGCGUUUCCGCUUUUGAUCACUAGAAGUGCGGUACCCAUUCAUGACCACCGUGCUGACCAACUUUUAUUUCGUCUGGCCGACUGGCUCACUCUGUCGUCACUGGCCGUUCAGUUGCUCUUCCGCGAUAGCAAUUUUUCCUACUGGACAAAAAAUGGUAGCGAAUUCUGGCUCCAUUCGCAUUUAUUGCUCAACACGUUUAUCAUAUUUGCCGGUGUACUCGUCACCAUGGACAUAUUCAAGGCUGGUGAGCAUUGUCCUUCCGAACCCCCAGUUCGUUUGAAGACAGACUAG